UGUCAUUCUUUUAAGUGCGCAGCCCUGCUGAAUCCACAUCCGGGUCCUGCGCUGCUGCUGGUGUGCAGAGAUUCGGUCCCGAACGAAGCGGACCAAAAUAGCGGUCAAACCCGACACUUUACACAUUCAGGACGCAGAAUAAAUGGGAAUGAUGCAUCCCUGGUUUAAACAGACAAGGGUGAUCCGCUCUUUCACAGACUGAAUGCAGAGCAAAACAACCCGCCAGACUGUCUCUCUCUCACCACCGCCGCGCUCAGUCUCUCGCUUUCUUUUCGUCCUUCUCUUUUAUCUGGUUUUUAGCUUCUCCACAACAGAACUCCCCAGGACUUAUUUUUAGUGGAUUCCUAAGCAGCAAAGAUGGGUGCAUUCCUGGACAAGCCAAAGAUGGAGAAACACAAUGCCCAUGGUGAAGGCAACAGCCUGCACUACGGCCUGAGCAGCAUGCAGGGCUGGCGUGUAGAGAUGGAGGAUGCGCAUACCGCUGUCAUUGGUCUGCCCAAUGGCUUGGACCCCUGGUCGUUCUUUGCUGUUUACGACGGGCAUGCAGGAUCGCAGGUGGCACGUUACUGCUGCGAGCACCUCCUGGAGCACAUCACCAGCAACCCUGACUUCCAGGGUGGAGGCGGAGGAGGAGGUCCAGCCGUGGAGCCCAGCGUGGAUAGCGUGAAAUCUGGAAUCCGUACUGGUUUCCUGCAGAUCGACGAUCACAUGCGGCAGAUCUCGGAGAAGAAGCACGGUGGUGCCGACCGCAGCGGCUCGACGGCUGUCGGUGUGAUGAUCUCGCCCCGCCACAUCUACUUUAUCAACUGCGGAGACUCGCGGGGUUUGCUGAGCCGCGGAGGGGCUGUGCACUUCUUCACACAGGACCACAAACCCAGCAACCCCUUGGAGAAGGAGAGGAUCCAGAACGCUGGUGGAUCUGUGAUGAUCCAGCGCGUCAAUGGGUCCCUGGCGGUGUCCAGGGCUCUGGGGGACUUUGACUAUAAGUGUGUGCAUGGUAAGGGUCCCACGGAGCAGCUGGUGUCGCCGGAGCCCGAGGUGUAUGCUAUCGAGCGGUCGGAGGCGGAGGAUGAGUUUAUUGUUCUUGCUUGUGAUGGGAUUUGGGAUGUGAUGGCCAAUGAGGAGCUGUGCGAUUUUGUUCGUUCACGACUGGAGGUGACUGACGAUCUGGAGAGGGUCUGCAAUGAAAUUGUAGAUACCUGUUUGUAUAAGGGAAGUCGUGACAACAUGAGUGUUGUGUUGGUGUGUUUUGUUAGUGCACCGAAGGUUUCCCCUGAAGCUGUCAAAAGGGAAGCGGAGCUUGAUAAAUACCUAGAGAGCCGAGUAGAAGAGAUCCUGAAGAGGCAGGGGGAUGAAGGUGUGCCCGACCUGGUACAUGUGAUGCGCAUGUUAGCAUCUGAGAGCAUCCCCAACCUACCACCUGGAGGAGAGCUGGCCAGCAAGUGA